GCCCGCUUAGUAAAUAAAGAUCAGAAGCCGCCACGCCGAAUUGUUUUACGUUAAACAAAAAACUUCCGACGAGGAUGGGAUUCGAACCCACGCGUGCAGAGCACAAUGGAUUAGCAGUCCAUCGCCUUAACCACUCGGCCACCUCGUCACAGAAACCUCCACUCUCUCCAAGCCUAUAAGGAACUGUUCCAACCGUAAACCUUUCUCUCGCCACCCGCCGGCUUAGAUGAAUAUACCGUCGCCCCUGAGCAAACGCUAUGCCGUGUGCGGUACAACGAAUGUCCUGAAGAAUGACAACAACUCUCCCGAGAAGCCACAGAACGUUUCGUGGGUUUCUGCCUAUCCCUUUCCCGGCGGUGGCUCCGUUGGCCUCACCGCACGGAGGCCGCCAUGUUGUACGGAACGAGGGCGCUGCCGCGACGCCAAUCCGAAACCGCCAUUUAGGCCUUGAAGCGAGGUUGGCGGUUGGAGGCGCAUGCGCGCGGUCUGGCGGUUAUUUUGAAUCCCGCCGGAGCCUAGUCGGGCGCUGUGCCUUCAGUCGCGGGGAGGCCUCAAAGGAGACGGGUGUGCGGCUGAAGACCGGACCCGGGAAGGUGAGCAGGGAGCGAGGGCGUCGCGCCAGAAGCGUCGGCGUGAGGGGAAGGGAGCGAGUGGGGCGGGGGGCGCUUCGCGGCCUCCCCAAAUCUCCUUCCUCGCGUGACUCUGGGCUCGGCACUGGCGGCCCUGAAGCGGCUCCGGCCGGGAGUGCUGCUCCCUCCCUCGCCCUCCUGCUCUCCACCCCCGCCGAGUUGCUUUAACCCUGGUUUCUUUUUCUUUUUAAAAAUUAUUUAAUUUUCACCUUUUGAAAUUUACAACCAACCAAAAUAAAAAGAGAUUUCCAUGCAUUCCCCUGAACUUUCUCUCCUCCCCUUUGUGUAUGUUAACUUUUUUUCUCCUGUAUCUUCUCUAUUAAAUCUCCAUGACAACCGUUAAACUACAAGUCUCAUUCCAAUCCUACUAAUAUUUUUCAUUGUUUGCAAUGAUUCUUAAGGUAAAUUAUAUAUUUUUCCCUAUUCCUUAUUAAAAAAAUUGGUCUUCCUGGUUUCUAAUUCUUCCGGUCAUUUUUGCUAUUUCGGCAUAAUCCAUCCGUUUAAUCUGCCACUCUCCUCUCUGGUAGGAAUUGUGUCUUCUUUCAAUCUCUGGGCUAACAACAUCUGAGCAGCUUUCCCCUAAUUUCUUUCCCGCCUUGACCCAUUUCUAGCGCGCGACAUUGACUUAAGUGGGGCUUACUUCCGAGUAAACCGUGCACUGCGGGGCAACCUCGAGUUAGCGCAUUUCUGCUGGCGCCUUUGUUGGAAGUAAGGAAAAGGCAAGCGAGGUAAUAUUUUAUAUAGUACUGCCAGAAGUUCCUGCCUCUGGCUUGCUAGAUUUAGGCUGGAGGCCCACUUUCCUGGGAGUAAGCUCCCUUGCUUUUGAGUAGACGUUUAUAGGAGUGUGCUGCUAAAGGCCCAGUUUAAAGAGUCAUUUGUGAUAAUUGAAUUACAUCAUGGUGGUCGUCCCCCCCCCCCCCAGAUGCGCUUUGAAGAAGGAAUACUUUCAAACUAACUCACCUGAUCAUGGGGGGGGAGUGGUAGAAAAAACUAAAUGACAGCAGAAACUGGAGAAGUUUACCGGAAAGAUGACAGCUGGCUUAAGAUUUUAUGUUGUGAACCAUGGUAUAUACUACUAAUAAUAAUAUUUUUUAUUAUUUAUACCCCACCCAUCUGGCUGGGUUUCCCUAGCCACUCUGGGCGGCUUCCAACAAACUAUUAAAAAUACAAUAAAACAUCAAACAUUAAAAACUUCCCUAAACAGGGCAGCCUUCAGAUGUCUUCUAAAAGUCAGAUAGUUGUUUCUUUAAAUACAAAAUCAAUAAAUAAAUAAUAAAAAAAGACAGGGGGGGAGCAUUUCUGCGGUCCUAUGAAGUUAAGUGGGUGGCUACAUUGGAAGUUAUGGAAUAGCUUCUCCAGAGAGGCUCGUCUGGCAUCUUCUUUAUGGUCUUCCCACCCAUUGAAGAUCAUUUUAUUCGCUCACACUUAUGAAUUUGUGUUUUAAAACCAAUCCUAGUCUUUCAGUAUUUAAAUGUGGUUAUAACUAAACUAUACACUUUUGCUCUUUCAGUAUGAUUUUUAUUCUGGCCUGCAAAUUGUGUUAUUCUGUAGUAGGAGGAACAUCUUAUUGUUUUUAUUGGGUUCUUCUUUAAAAUUACUGUAUUUAGGUUUAAUAUUUUAUAAUGUGUGGUUUUGCUUUAUAAGCUGUCUAGAGUUUUAUUGAUGGUAGCCAAAUACUGUAGUGUCCAUCAUUUUUCAUUUAAUUUUGUCUCAAAAAACACCUGUGGUAGCUUGUUGUACUGUGCUUUCACACAGUUUUAAGACUAAUUUUGCACUUGUUGUAGGAAACCAGUCUCCCAAAAUGGACAAGAUUUAUUCCGAAAUGAGUGAUGAAAAGUAAGUUGUGCUUUCAGUGCAUGCCUUUUCUAGUAUGACAAUUUGUUGUUUUUUAUUUGCUGAUUGUUAUGUCUGUUAGCUGGUGGCCUGUGAGAUUACAAUGUGUGUGCUUUGUAUUUGAGUAAUGGCUGUUUACUUUCAUAAAAGUUCUGAAAUUUUAAACCUGUAUUUUACUUUUCAGAAAGUUUCUUGCUUUUCACUGUAAACAAUUUUGCAUAAGGUGUGUUGAGGAGGAUUGAGGUUUAACUUUCACGGAGUUUUACUUUUUCUUUUUUAGUGACUUCACAGAGGGCAGAAAGAAAAGAAGGAUUUCCUCAGUAAGUGUAACUUUGAAUAAGAUCUAUAUAUAUAGAUUUUAUUUUAGAAGAAAUGUAGCAAUUGGUUAGGCCAGUCAAAUGACCACGCAGCAGUCAGAGAAAUAAAGCAAGAAAGUUUUAAUUAUUUGCCGGCAGCAAGCAAUGGCGCAGAGGAAUAAGUUCCAAAGUCCGGCCCCUCCAAACAGGGGAGGCUUCCCUUUAUACAGUACAUUCUUAAAUCAGGUCUUUAUCCAAUCAAAAGUUACAGCAUUACACAUACUGUACUCAGAUAGAUACAUUAGGUUCCGCCUGGAGACAAGAACUGCUUUGCCUAGAGAUUGUGUUCCAGAUGGAUACAUUAGGUUCUGCCUAGAGUUAAGGCAUGAGGAGUUGGACAUUCAUGUCUUCCAUGGCCUUAUGUGGUAAUCUUUAUCAGCCUAUCUCUGUGUGUCUCUGGGUAGUGGGUGUCUGAGUGUAGUUACUGGAUAUGGGGGCCUGGCCAGAUCAACAGAAUGGCUUCCUUGCUUAACAUUUUAACUCUCAAAAUGGCUUCCCUGAGCACGUUGCCACAGUAGAUAGUAGUAAUCCUGACUUCACUCGCUUGUACAGAGAGAAAUUAGUUCAUUGGUCUUAUCCUCCUGUUAGUGAUUUUGUAUUUGUUGUGCUAACGAUUAUAGUUGGCCUGAUUACAUCCUACAUUUUGUCAUUUUAUUGUGUAACCCACCUGAUGAACAGUGGGAAAUAAAUGAAUAAAAUAAAUAAAAUGAAAACAAAUGCAAUGCAAAAUCUUUGCAAUUAUCUAUGUAUUAUCCACUUUAUUCCUGUCCUAGGGAUAACUUUAUUCCUGACCUGCAGCUACAUACAUACAUAAUUUUAUUUGUGUGCCACCUUUCCACAGUCAAAACCAUGCUCUAGGUGGCUUACAACAUGAAAAAUAAAUAAUUACAAAUAUAACAAAAGUAGUCAUAAACAAUAAAACAUCAAAAGGUAUACAACCAAAUUGAAACAAUUUCCGCAUAAAUCAUAACAUCCAACAUAAAGAUACAAAAAAUUAAUAACAGCAACACCCCUGCUUCCAAAAUGGUGUCCCCGCCCCCAACUAACGUAGCAGCUGGAGUCAAUCAGGUCCGCACUCUCCUAGGCCAGGUAGAAAAAGGCCUGCAAGGCAGUGAGCCGGACUUCCCAAACUCAAAGAACGUAUCAUAAUGAAAUUCUGAAUAUUCUGUUCUGCAAUCAAGACUCUAAACAUUACAUAUACGGUAUAUUGUGCCUCUUUCUGUAAUGGUGGCAAAAAAGAGAGAGCUAAUUUUCUGAUACCAAAUGUACUCUGCUCUUAUAGAGCUUCAUGAUCUAAAACUCUGCAUUUUGUGACAAUUCUGUCAAUAAUUGGCUAAAACUUAUUUUUUUAACAAUAGUUUAAGCUGUCAUGUGAACCUAUAUUUAAUACAUAUGCCAAGUUUCCUGCUUUCUGAGUUAUCGUGCAAAGUGAAACUUCUAGAACAAUCUGUAGACUGAAUCUUAAGCCAUUUGUGCGUAGGGAAGGGGGAAAGCCUCAGCCAGAUUUUAUAGAAAUUCUUGCUACUGCAGCUCUGCAGACAAAAAUGCAAGCAACUGUUUAGUUCCAAGUGUCAUGCAGUGUUAUCUAUGGAAAUAAUGCUACAACAGUGUAUGAAGUUCAUUUCCAUACAUGAAAAUGUUUAUUUGGAUUGCAGACAUAGUAAAUACAUUUGGUAAUUUUCUUUAGGACAGUUCCAUUCUUCUUUUCAGUUGGAGUGUGUUCAUCUGCCUUUGACUUGAAAUAUUCAGACUGCCAGUCUUGGUUAUUAAAAAUUACAAGGAUAGUAAGGAAUGAAUUACUAUCCUGAGUGACAAUUCAGAAAUCUGCUUUAAUUGCAUUAGUGCAUUCUGAAAGACUUUAUCUUGGAGAUAUAUGCAUACAGUACUACUAUUUUGAAUAGCAGAAGUUGUUCCACAAACCAGAAAUCUGUUUACUGUGUAAUAUGCAAUGUUGCUUUAAUAAAUAGUUUUGUAGCUGCUUCAAAAAUUGUUUUCUCAAUGAUGCCUAUUUCCUUUGUAGAUUUUAAAAGCUCCCCAGACCCCUCUCCGUGACUUAGGGAGUGGAAAUGAAUUAACUCAGGUAGGCAUUACAUUACAUGGAGUAAGGUCAUCUCCAAAUGUAAGUCAGUGUCUGUAACCUACCACUGGUUAAUUUUUUUAAAAAAGAUGUCUAUAUUUUAAAAAGUGUAUAACUUCUUGACAUAUUUAUUUUGAAGUAGCCUUGUCUCAAGUUAGUGGGUGAAAUUCACUGCUGCCAUCCCACUUGCGGAGCAGCUUUCAAUGCAGUGGAGUAGCCUGGUAAUGUAAUGUUGGGGAACCUCUGGUCCGCAUGCCUAAUUAAGCCUGUUAGGGGAUCUAAUUUGGCCAAUAAGGCCCAGCCUACCAGUGCUACAUCUGACAUCAUAUACUACCUUCUCGGUAGUGGCGCCCGCCCUAUGGAACGCCCUCCCAUCAGGUGUCAAAGAGAUAAAAAACUACCUGAAAUUUAGAAGACAUCUGAAGGCAGCCCUGUUUAGGGAAGUUUUUAAUGUAUUUUUAAUCUUUGUUGGAAGCCGCCCAGAGUGGCUGGGGAAACCCAGCCAGACGGGUGGGGUGCAAAUAAAUUAUUAUUAUUAUUAUUAUUAUUAUUAUUAUUAUUACACGCCUGUGCAAGAGCCAUCUAUCAGUUGAUUGGCUUCAGUUAAGAAGCCCAGUUCCCUUGCCCAUAAAGUUUGAUUUCAUUUCCAGUGGACAAAAGAAAAUGGCAUGUGAUUGAAUCAAAAUUGCUCACAGGGGUUGGAGGAGGUUUCUUCCACUUCCCCAUUCCUGCUACAGCUCCUUAAAUCUGCUUGGGGAACCUUUCAAAGCAGCAUGAAAAAUGUGUGGAUGUGUUGCAAAGGGACCAAGGAAUCAGAGAAAAUUGCCUCCCUUCAUUUUACAUUUGCAGAUUGCUGUGCUGGAUCAAAAGCAUUGGAUUUCACCCAACAGGGGUUAAUUUGCAUGUAUGGGUGCAAUCCAAACUGUCUAUGCCACUGGGUGACUUGAAAACCAGCUCCAUGAGCACUGGAUAUUUAGCAUGUUUGCAAUUUAAAUGUGUUCAGGUACCAUAGAUAUAUAAGUCUGUUCCUAAAGGUUAAUUUUCAAUAACAACACUUAAUAUCAGGUAUCCUGGUUGAAAGCUUUCAUAUAAAAGUUGCUGCCUAUGCAUUUAAUUUCUGUGUUGCAUAUUCAGGACUGCAAUGUUGAAAAACGUCAGAGAAACUCCAGGCGUGUCAGUUUUGCAGCUACUAUCAGGUAAGCUUAUUCUUAAAGUAGCAUAUCUAUAAAACUGGUCUUGAAUGCAAACAGCCCCAAACUCCACUUUAAAAAGCUAUAGAUCCUUAUCAGCUGUCUACAUUCUCUCUUAGAUUGAUGAGUGAAAUGCUUGUUAAGGCAAGAUUUAAAAAUAUCAAUUUAGCUGCUCUUUACUUAAUGAAAAUGGGGUAUGGGGUAUUUAAAAAUCCCAGCAUACUGUUCUGACGGUCCUAAACAAUAUGCACUGUUAUACUACAGACUAAUAUUACCACUUUUUAACACAUUUGGAAACAAGUUUGGAAGAUGGAUCAUUGCUUGUGGUGUGUACUGACAUCCCAUUUGGUCUCAUUGCAUUGCAGAUUUUUUGCUAUUGUCAGAAUAUACUAAAUAGUGCUAUUUGUGGAAUGGAGACAGUUUCUAAGCACAAACAAUAGAAACACAAUUUUAUUAUUUUAUGCUAGCAUGGCUUAGUGAUUAGGGUCAGCCUAGAACUGGGAGACCCAGGUUCAUAUUGUGCCAUUCUCGCUUUUAGCAUGAUCCAUCUCCCAGGGUUGUGAGAAGCAAGGGGAGAGAACUGUUUUUAAUUAUUUAAAACAUUUAUGUACUGCUCUUCAUUUAAAUCAUAACAGACCAGUUCACAAUAUAUGAAUAUAAUGCAUUUUAAUAUGUAGAUUGUAGUGUAAGAAAACACACCAAGAUACAAAUGACUGAAUCCAACAAAACAUUACAACCAAGCUAGGAAUUAAAAGCAAAUGAAUGGAUAAGUUUUAAGAAAGGGCCAAAAACUCAGCCUGUCAAUUAUAAAAGGUUAAAUAAAGUUUUAAAACUUUUAUGUUAUAAAGGCUAACUGCUCUAUCCACUAUUAACUUGUGCACUCUCCCAAUAGCAUACUUUAGUUCCAACUUUGCAUGAAUGCAAGGGACUCCUUGUAUCCUGAGCUGUGACAAAAUCAAAGUCGGUGCACAUAUAGGGUUUUAUUUAGGGUUUUUUUAUUGGGUUGUUGUAUUUUGAUUUUAUGUAUUUGAACCGUCCUGAGACCUUCGGGUAUAGGACGGUAUAGAAAUUAAAUAAAUAAAUAAAUAAUAUGAAUGUUUGUUUUCUUUACAGCAAAUAUUUCCAAGUUAGUAAAAUUGUAAUUCCUUUUGUCUGUGUGUUUUAGCAUCUUCCCAUCAGAUCCUCCAGCCACUGAGGUAGACCAUACCGGUGAGAACUUUUGUUCAUUUUUAUGUUUUUGGAUGAUAACGAGAGCCUUAUUACAUUCACCAACAUCAAUGCUGAUGUUUAUUUCAUGAUGUUUUUUGUUUAAUUUUAGGAACAGCAGCAGCAAAGAACCAAGACACAUUUAAUCAGUAAGCCUGAAAUGAAUUGCCUAAUUGAACAGAUUUCUCAGUUUUAAAGUACAGUGGUACCUUGGUUUAAGAACAGCUUAGUUUAUGAACAACUUGGAUUAAGAACACCGCAAACCCGGAAGUAGGUGUUUUGGUUUGUGAACUUUGCCUUGGAAUAAGAAUGUUUCGCUUCCUGUUGAGUGUGUUCCAUUUGUAAAUUGAGUCCCCUACUGGUAUGGGAAAGCACACCUUGGUUUAAGAACACUUUGGUUUAAGAACGGACUUCCGGAACGGAUUAAGUUCGUAAACCAAGGUACCACUGUAGUCUGAGACAUGAUUUCCAGUCAUAUAAUACUUCUACCAGUGUUGACUGCUUAAUGCAGUGUUUCCUAAACUUCUGGUAAAUGGGAAAUCAUUUUUCAAUGACUGAAAUUCCACCUGAUAGGGUUUGUUCCUAGAAUGUGCAAGAUGGCAAUAGUCAGCCUCCUCUGAGGGCAUAAAUUCUAACUCUGGAGUGAUUGGGCUACUCAGUCUACUGCUUUCUCAAGGCAUGCUGGUAUAUUCCAAUAGACAAUGUGAGAAUGAUUGACUUGAUGAAGGGAUCUACUGCAUAGGAAACUUUAUUACAUGCCUUUAGAGCUGGAAGAGUGAUUUAACUGAUAACUACAUUUGUAAUUGAUCUUAAUGGUGGGUUGGAUUUCAAUUAAAGUGCAUGUAACAGGGUCAUAGUAUAGUAGAAGUAGUGGUAUAAUUCCUACAGUUAUAGUUCUGUUAAUUGCUAGUUUUCCUGUUGAGAUAAUCUUUGAUAUAAAUUAAAUCAAGUUAUGAUUUAUUGUUACUGCCUUUUUAAGGAAUGCAGAACUGGAGGCCGACCUGUGUAAUAUCACUGGUACGUAUGAAAACAGCAAUUACCUUUAAAUAUACACUGCUUUUUGAUAAUGUGUUAAAAUUUUGUAUGAUAUGGUUUUGUAAAUAUAUUUGCUACUUGGAAGUGACAUAGAUUGUACUUAAUUUGUGGCAAUAAAGCCUCACAUACCAUGUGGUGACAUAGAAAGUUUGAUUGCUGGGAGAACUCAACAGUCCAGCUGCUGUGAAGGAUGAAGACAUUGUCGAUUUUGGAUUAGAACAGCAAUCCAACACCAGUGCCCCUUACACCAGACUGUGAAAGAUUUGGAUUGGGUGGAAGUGUACCUUCGCUACUGGCAGUAUCCCUGUUGGUGGGGGCCAGCAGAAAGUCUCAAAACCGGAUAUUCUGAGAGAGAAGGUGGGUUUGAGCUGGCCCAGGUUCCAAUGGUUCCUGAGCUGGUUUUGCUGCCAUCAUGUGAUGGCAUUGGGCCUGAUCAGAACUGACUGAUGCACAAGCCUGGAGCUGACACAGGGAUCAGACCUGAUCCUGCCCUACCUUCCACUGUGGCCACUGAGAGCAGACUGGGUGGGUGUGGAUGCAGCAGUGACUCUACUUCUCUCUAAAACCACACCAGUGGGAAGUUGGUUUGCACCCUGAAGCAGUGGUUUUCAACCUUUUUGAGUCCACAGCUCCCUUGACCACCUUCUUUCUGCAGCUCUCCUGUGUGUGAUACAAGUGAGUCCUCAUUUAUGUGGGGGUUCCAUUCUGGACCACUGUUCACAUCCCCUAAACACAUAAGUGGGGAUUCCCCUGUUCUGCUCCUGCCCCGCAGCUGAGCAAGUCCCAAUGUCCCUGCUGCUUGCGAGCAGGAGGGACCUCAGGGCUUCUUUGCGAGGCUUAGCUGGGGGGUGGCAGGGCCCUCCAGCUGAGUGAGCUCCACGCCUCUCCAGCUCGCGCAUGAAGCACUGGGGCUCACUCAGCUGGGGGGGGGGGUGCGAUAGCAGCCCAAAGAAGCCGAGAAAGGAACAAGCUGUAUUGGCCCAGUGAUACUCCUCUCUCUGCAGUGUGAGGGGCAGAGCGAUGGCAGCUUCACCCGGCAGUAUAUCACAGGUGAAACUGCUGCUGCUUCUGAGUCCCUCUGUUACCAGCAGCCGAAUGUUGAAAGUGGCGCUGGUAGCAGAGGGACUCAGGAGUGGUGUCGGUGUCACCCGCAAUAUACUGCUGGGUAAAGCAGUAAAAAGCCAUCACAGUCUGCUCCUCAUACCAGUCCUGCUCAAUGUAUCGCUACAUCGCCCAGGCCUAGGCAGACGUGAAGUAGCUCGGAGGGGCGUGUUAGGGCUACUAGGGCUAACCUUUUCCAGAUCAUGGUCAAUUCUCCAAGGGCCAAAGUGAAAAUGGCCAGUUUUUACUUAUCACAAAGUUUUUGUGAUCUUUUUCAUCAGUAAAAUAAACAUUAAAAAAAAUAAUGGACGGAUUUAGGGGGCUCUGAGUUAGAGUUAGGCCAAAAAAGUUUGGAUUCACAGCAUGGGAAUAAUUGGUUCUUUUUUAAAAAACCUUGAUGGAGGCACACACAAGAUCUCUUGGUCAGCCAUCCCAGUCUGGAGUCUGAUAGAAUAAUUGUGGCAGUUAUGGCUCCUAUGACCUAGCAACCCCCAGGUGGCAAGAAAAGCCAGGAAGCAUGGUAGGUCUGAAAUUCAUGCAUUAAUUUGAACUAACCAGCCAAUACUUUGGCUUCAGAAUGUCUGUUGCGUAAAUAAACAAUUUUUUGAUAUUUUUUUUCCUUCUCAAAAGGGAUGAACACCUUACUUCAUGCUCCCAUCAGGACACCUUUGCAACAAUUGGAGGUAAAAAAAAAACAUUUGUUCCUCUAACAUAAUACCAUAUAUACUCGAGUAUAAGCUGAUCCGAAUAUAAGCUGAGGCACCUAAUUUUAGCACAAAAAACUGGGAAAACUUAAUGACUCGAGUAUAAGCUGGUUCACCACACCACAAACCUGGUGGUGGCGGCGGCAGUGGCGGAGGAAGAACAAGCAGCCCAAAGGGGCUGCUUUCAGGCUGCUCGUUUCUCCACCACCUCUGCCGCUCGCAAGGGCAGGCAUAGGAGCCGCGGUUGGGAGCAGCGCAGUGCCCUUGUGAGAAGCGGGCGGUGGCAGCGGGACCAGCAGCGAGAAAGGGCUCCUUUCGGGCCUGUCAUGCCGCUGCCCGCCUCACUCAAGUAUAAAAUUCUGUAUGCUAGCUUUCAUCAAUCAGAUGUUCUUGGGCCUGCCCACCCCCCAUGUUGUUCAACUACAACUUCAAUGAUGUCAUGGUGGCUGAGGUUGAUGGGCCUUCUGGUCUAACAUCUGGAGGACACCAGGUUGGCAAAGACUGCUGUCAACAAAAUGAAGAGCAACACACUGAAGAAUACAGUGGUACCUCUGGAUGCGAAUGGGGUCUGUUCCAGAGCCCCGUUUGCAUCCUGAAGCGAACGCAGCCCAUGGGUCGCGAUUCGCUGCUUCCGCGCAUGCGCGUGAUGUCAUUUUGAGCGUCUGCACAAGCGGCAAAACCAGGAAGUAACACGCUCCGUUACUUCCGGGUCACCGCGGAGCGCAACCUGAAAAUACUUAUCCCGAAGCUACUUCAACCUGAGGUAUGACUCUACUUAUUUACUUUAGAAGACCUGGUUCCUCCCUGCCCCCAAUCUUUGCAUUGUUUGUUUAACUAGUCAGUAGUGUAAGCUGGCCUUACCAUUUUGGUAUCUGAAAGUUAGGUUAAAUGUGCUUAGAAGUUAAAUACAGUGGUACCUCGGGUUACAUACGCUUCAGGUUACAGACUCCGCUAACCCAGAAAUAGUGCUUCAGGUUAAGAACUUUGCUUCAGGAUGAGAACAGAAAUUGUGCUCCGGCGGCACAGCAGCAGCAGGAGGCCCCAUUAGCUAAAGUGGUGCUUCAGGUUAAGAACGGACCUCCGGAACGAAUUGAGUACUUAACCUGAGGUACCACUGUAUAGGCAGCAACCAUUUUGCAUGGGGGCUCCAUUCCUGGCCCCCACACCCAUCAGUGGAACAUGCAUAAGCCCGUUCCACCCCCAUUCCUCCCCUCCAAAAGGACGUGCGUUUUGGCAGUCACAUGUCAGUUGGACAUGCCUAAAGUGGUCACUGCCUGUACAUAAGUUUCAGUAAACAGUUUUUUUCUUUUUCUUUUUUUUUAAUAGGAUAACGUAAACAACAAGCAAGAAUGGAGCAAAAUGGAUAGGACGCUCCUCUUCUCAGAUGAAAAUGAAAUGGAUAUGACGUCUGGUCACACUAUAAUAAUUAAGCAUGCCACUGAAUUGAAACAAGAAGUUAUACAAAUGAAUGAUCUCAGUUUUAAUAGCUGCACUACAAAGCGGAAUGAGUCCUGUUUGUCUCAACAGAAGACAAACACUGAAAACACAAACAAAAUAAAUUUUGAUGAUUUCUUGAAAAGCUUGAAGUCCACUAAACUAUUUCCUUCACCCAUUGCUUCAGAGGCUUCAGAAAGAAAUGUGUGUCCUUCAAAGGAGAAUGCAUAUACCUACUUAGAAGGCGGAAAUAGCAAGAACACAGAUUUUGGAAGACCCGCUAACAGGCAAAACUAUGCAAACAUUAAUGAAGGAGCUGUUAGCAUAAAAAAUGCUAGCAGUGAUGCCUCAGUGUCUUGUUAUCAGGGAACUAUUCCAUUUUCUAUGCCCUUUGGAUCUGUUACUUCUAUGCCUGUUCUACAUGGUAACACUAAUAGAAAAAGUGGGGUUUUAAACAAUGCAGCAUCCUUAAAUUCUGCAGAUAAAACUUCUAUAUUUGGAUUUGGUGAGGACAUGGAAAUAACUAAACCCACAUACUUAAUAGAUAAUCCUAUAAAUGCUGCUGGAUUCCAAGAUAUGCCAUCUCAAGAAAUGGGAAUUGGUAAGAAAGGUAUAACUCUAUUAGAUAAGACAGUUUUAUUUUCCCUGAGUGAAGACAAUGAAAUGGAGUUUACCAAGAGCUGUACAGUAGCAGCGCAGUAUGAUAUACAGCAGUGUGAAAGAACAUCUCAAGUGCCCUCCUUACAACCUUUGGAUAAAACUGUUUAUCAUAACAACAUGGAUGAGACUAAAGCCAUAACAACCAUAAUAGAUCAUCCUGUAAAAGCUGCUGGUGCCCAAGCUAUGCAAAAACAAAGUGAGUCGGGAUCAACUAAUGUAACCGGACCAGCUUGUGACAAAACUCUUGUAUUUCCCCAGAGUGAAGACAAUGAAAUGGAGUUUACCAAGAGCCUUACAAUGGCAGUAGAGGAAGCUCCCCUAGCACAAUCAUGGAUACCUGCAGGGAGUACCAACAUGUCUGUAUUUAGCAGUAACAUGGCAAUAAGCAAGUCCACAGCUUUUCCAGAAGGUAAAACAAUGAUGUAUAUGCACAAUGACGGUAUGGAAGUAACUAAGCCUAUAAGUCACAUAAUCAAUACAUCUCAAGAAGAUACUGGUUUCAAGCCUUUGCAGCUGAAGAAAAAAGAGAUGGACAAGAUGAUUCAAUCAAGUUCAGCCAAGGAAGAGACCAUGUGUUGCUUGGAUAAAGACAAUGAGAUGAUGUUUAUGAGGAACCAUACAGUGUCAGUAAACAGUGAUAUUAUUAUCCCAUGGGCCAAGGUAGCUACUCAAGUACUGUCCUCAGCUCCGGUAGAUAAAAACAGUAUGUCCACACACAGCAGUGAUGCAGCAAUAACGAAAUCCACUACUUUUGUUCCUGCAAAUAAAACGAUAAUGUGUAAUAACUCAAUGGAAAUAACAAAACCCAUAUCGAGUGCAUUUUUAAACAGAUGUUUCAAGUCUUUGCCGCAGCAAGAGAUGAGCAAUACCACAAUACCGGGCUCAGUUACAGAUAAUACUGUUCUUGCCCUACAUGAUAAUGAAAUGGAGAUGACAAAGUGCCAUACAAUAACUGUAAAUGUUGAUAACAUCUCCCAGUCAGAAAACUCCCCCCAUAUACAAUUUCAUCAGGAUGAUAUGAACAUUGCAGGAUCUUAUGCCAUUACUAAAAACCCUAAGGGAAACUUGCCUUGGAAUGUGAUGAAGCUGGAAAUGGAUGCUGGAUGGGAACCCUCGUCAGAUCAAAUUGCAACAUUAGGUGUGGCUGGCACAGAAAUGGUUAAAAGGCAGACAGUGCCAUUUGACAGCAGAACAUCCAUGUACUGCCAGCCAGAUAGCCAAGCUAAGUUCUUAGGCCACCCCAAUAAGACUGAUGCAUUUGCAUUUUACCAGGAUGGCACAGAAGUCACAAUCCUGCCACCUAGUGCUGUUGUUAAUGGGAGCCUGGAGGCACCUGAGAAACAAGAAAUGCUAACUAAAAACUUAAGACAGAAUUUAGGUAAUGUACCUUUCCCUACAUGUAGGGGGACAUUGCAAGAUAUAGAAGCUACUAGAAAUCAAGCAGUUAUCACUUACGACCCUAACCAUCCAUGUGAUGCUGAGAAACAAAGACCAAAGUCCUCCACGAGGUCAGAAGAAAAGGCUUUUGGAUUUUUAGGCAGUGAGAACAUGGAGGUGAAUGGUGUUAAAAAUCAAUGUUUUCAUUCUCGGACAAAAUCUAGCUCUGAAUUUCCCCAUUUCAGUUAUGGGGGAAAACACGAUGCCCAAAUUGACAAUGAUCUCUCUCAAAAAUGCAAUUCACCUGCCAGUGUGACGUUACCUAUAGCUCUGGAAAUUGUCCCAGAACAGCAGGACUUUUUGAAAACCCAAGAGAAACAGCUGGAAUCCUGCACAUUUAACGCUAAUUUUGCAAAAGAAUCUACAUUGAAUGAUGGAUAUUGUGAAAAAAAUGAUUUUACAUUUCCAGUUAAAAUGUCUGCGUCAUAUACAAAGUUACAUGAGGAAACUGCUGUUGAAUCAAACACAGAGAGAAUGUGCAUAUCAACUGCUGAAUUCAAGAGCCUGAAUGAUGAUCCAAGAAAGUUGUCUCAGUCAAGACAGGUUGGUAGGUUUGCUGGAGAAACAGAGGCUUUUCCAGUUGAUAAAAUAACUAAAAAAUGUGGUACUGUGUUGUGUGACUGGAGUAGCACUGUAAAAGAUAAUAACAUGGACCCUCCUCCCAUCAAUAACGUUACUUCAGAGGAGGAACCAAUCCUUCUGUCUAAACUGUCUGAUGUUGUCAGUGAUUGUUCAAAGCUUAAUGAUAAUGGGAAGAAGUCUGAACUUUUCCUACCCUCUCAAGACAUUGGGAAAGAAUUGCCCCAAAUGGCAGUGAAGCCAGCUGAUCAUUUCGAGUUGAGAGAAGAUGUAAAAAAAGUAUCUAAUAUUCCUACUGCUUCUAAUGAGUGGACAAACAAUGAUUUUACAGAUGUUGCUCCUCUCUCUGUGCCCUUAAAUGCCAUGUGGAACGAUAGCUGUAAGAUGAAAAAAUCAGCCCUGGGUAUCUUCCCACCUAAACUGCCAAAUAAAAGGAAGCCUACUGUUUCUAAUGUAGAAUAUAUUGGUGCCAGAUCAGAAGAGAAGGUAGAAACUCAAGGUUCAAAAAUCACUCAGUUUCUCAGGAGAUCCCUGGACAAAGUUACCCCCAACUUGAGUCCAUCUCAUUAUAUAGAUGAAGAGCUGCUUCCUGCAUGUGUAGGUGAAAUGGAUUUUGAUGAGUCUUUAGGUUGUGAAGUGCCAGAAAAGCUGAUGAAUGAAAAGGAGCUUGCUGAUACGGAGGGCUGUCUGCUUGAAGUGUUUGAAACAAGUAACAGGAAGAAAAGAUCUUGGAAUCAAGAUGAUGAGAAACUUCAGCAGGAAAAGAAGCUCAAGACAGACGAGGGCUGGAAUGAUGCAGUAGAGUUCAAGCAGGUGGGUUUAAGAUGAUUGUUUGGCACUUGGUCACAUUUUCUCGAGUCUGUAAAAUCACCUAUGAAUUAAUGAACAAAGUACAUAUUUAACAGUGGGUUUUAUCCUAAAGGAAGCUGAAAUGGUAUAGUAGCUAUAAAUUCAUUAAGUGGUUUGGGGCAACUGAUUAUUCUUUCAGUUGUGCUGUGCUCCUGAAGUGUGGGUAAGAAAUAACAUUUUUUUAAAAUCAGCUGGUCUUUCAAAUAUUUGGUGAUCCACAGCAAACAAAGAAAUAGUUGAGUUGCUGUAUCAACAAAAUAAUCUUGCUAAUUUAACUUUUAUUGAAUAAUAUUUAUUUAUUUAUUAUUUUAGCCCCUCUCCAGCACAAUGUUAGCUCAUGAAACACAGGAAGGUGAAAAUGUUACCGACCUAUUAGCUACAAAUAUGGAAAAGAAGCAAAGCAGCAACAGCAGCUCUUUGGAUUCGGUUAAGGCUGAUACAGACUUCUCUAGUAAGAAUUCCUUCUUAUCUGAUUAUAUUGAUUUCAACUAAUUCCAUCAGUAAAGAACACUACAGUAUCUUGUAUAUGAUAGAGGUAUUCAGGAAUGAAUGGCUUCACAAGCACACCUAUGCAAAUAGGAUAGACAAGCUUCUAAAUGAGACACUCUUGUAUUUAGUGUCAUCUAAGGGUUCCAAUGGAAUUUCUCAAAAUAACUUGUCAAAAGAUUAUACCUGAUUUGUGCCCAUAUGCAUAGUCUUGCUUCGUCAGGUUACUGUUCUACUUUUGCAAGUCCAAGUAGACCCACCCCUGCCCCCUUUGCAUUUCAACAAUAUCUUAGAGCAAGAAGCUGCUGGAGGAGAGGACAGUGAAUUGAGGUCUACUUAGUUUGGGGCAAUUUUCCUUUCUCAGCAGCCCUGUAUCCCUGCCCCACCCACUCCAACCCUCUGGUGAAACUUUUGAGUGGGUGCAGAUAGUUAUAGUGGUGAGUUAAGCCAGUAAAAAAAUAUCCUGUAAACUUACUUAACCUACCUGGAAUCCAAACCAUCACCUCUGAUUAGAGUCUCCUCUGAGAUGCUUCUUCAAAGUGGGAAGCUAUAAUGGAAAAAAGUGCCAGGUCCUCUGUUCUCUUACAGUUUUCAGUCAUACUCUUACCACAAUUCACCCUUUCUUCCUUUGGCACUGCUAGGAACGCAGCUGCCUUGCUGGCUAAGACUAGAAGUCCAUCUCCUUCAGUGUUCUGUUUUCAAAAAGAGCCAGCAAGCUAUAUGAUGAAUAUAGAUAGGCUAUUUGCCCCAGUAUUUAUGGAAGUCUAUUGACACUAAUAAGAAGCUUAUGUUCUUAGCUUUUAGGGCUAAUUGCUAUUGAUAGAUUGAUCCUUAAUAGCUAUUGGUGGUUGAUCCACCCUAAACUUGUCUGAUGCAGUUGAAAACUCUCUGGCAUUGUUGCAUAUUGUUUCGGUAAAUUCUAGAAGAUACCCAUGUAUUAAAUUGUCUACCGAAGGCUAUUGGAUGGUGCCUCCUCUCUCUGCCAGGAGGAACAUAAGGGCAAGGGGAAAACUAGCCUGGCUCCUGCCAUUGGUCAGAAAUGAGCAACUGCAGAGAGCUGCUCUUCUCUCCCCCCCCCCCCCCCGGAAAAAAACUGUUCCAACUGCCAAUUGCCCUGAGAUUUAGAAGCAAAGGAAAAUGCACAUGUCCUGCAUUGGUCAGAGCAUCAGGAGCUGCUGCGUGUAAUCUGCCUUGAAUAGCAUUUGAAUCAUCUAAAGAUUUUACAUAACAUUUUCUAUGCUUCUAGUAUUUUGAGAGCAGCAUUUUGUUAUUAACUACGCUAUUUGUAUUUUUUUAAAAAAAUAAACCUCCGUAUUAUGAAUUGGGGGUGCAGAUCUAUUCGGUUACAGACACUUCAUUGUUAAGAUCUCAAAGACCACCAGGACUUGAUCUAACAAAGAUCACAAUCCUAAAUCACAUAUAAUAAAAAUCACUUCAGACCUCUAGUCUAGACUGAAGUGGCCUUCACAUAACAUUGAUAUAUUGUGGGUAUUCUGUAUAUAAUUGGGACACAAUUUCUUGUUUAGCACGUCUGUUUUUCCCCCUAGUUCAACAAAAUAGUGAAAUGGAGAUUCCGCUUCUCACGAACAUUAUUUGUGACCAAAAUUUGAAGGAGGUAUGUAAGAAGCUUAAAGCCCUUUAAUUCUCUUUUCUGUGAACAGUGUAUUUAUUGCUACAGUUAUAGAAUAACACCCUUAGUGAUAUUCAGCAGGCUUCCAUUUUAGAUGUGUAAUUUAAGACAUUCAGAUAGUCUUCUCUCCAUUACCAGAUGCCUCUGAAUGUUACUGCUGUUGAUUUGUUGUGUUUGUGUUGUUUCUGCUGAGGCUGCUUUUUAUUAAUUUAUCAUUUUAAUCUUAGUAUUAUGAUUUGUGUUUGUUUUUGAUCUAGAACCUCAGGUAAUACUAAGCCUAUUUUAAGUAGCUAUGUGUGAACACUUCAUUUUCAGAAACUGCAGGAUGGUACUAUCACAGUCGGUGAAUUUUUCACACUCCUCCAAGUUGAUGUGAUACAUUCUCCUCACCAGAGUUUGGUCUCACCCAAAGUAAGCAUACAAACAUACAGAUCUACAUUUAAUAACAUAUGUAAAAUAUGUGUUUGGAAAUUGUUACAAGACCCACACUAUAUAUACUCAUCAACUCUUUUUGACGUUUUGCUUCAGUUUCAGAAUGAGCUUGGUGAUGACUUGUACCAUAUGUUAACUGAGAUCCAUUAGUACUGUACGUGCGUUUGUAACUCUUCAUGCAACCAUUACAGUCAGCGACAGCUUCAUUAACCAUGAGCUUGGCCAAAGUUUGCUUUUGUCUUUCUUGCUCUUGGGCAAUUUAAAAAGCCUCUAUUCAGAACUCCUGCAGCAAUAAAGACACACUUAACAUCUGGCUGUAAUUCUUCUAUUUGAAUAUACAUCAUGUCUUUUGGACUCUUAAAUAUAUGAAACCCUGUUGACUUUUAUUUUCCUCUCUACAGCAUGCUGUUAACACAGCUCUUACCCCGGAAGAUGAGUUUUUGAACGAGUACGUUUACUGUCCCAAGUUCCAAAUUUACAAAGAAGAUUGCCAAGCUCUCUACCAGAUAAUAGAAGAGUAAGAUACUUGCAAAUUUUGUUCAUAGAGUAUAUUUUUGAUUACUGCAACUUCUGUGUGUUAUCAUUGAUAUAAGUUGAUCUCUUCAAUAGGGUUUGCAUGACAUUUUUGCUGGGAGUUUCACAAGCUCUUUUAAAUGCAGGUAUUGAAGUUGUCUAUGCGCCUUACAAGUAUGCUGGAGAAUGCAGGCACUUAUCUCUUCCAUAUUUAGCUUUUCCUCCCUCUCACCCUUUGCUCCCAAUUUUCUGGGAUACAGUGGCCAUAUCCAUUAUCUGAACCCUCUUAUUAACUAGAAGAGGUUGAAAUUGGUGAUAAAAAAAUCAGGCAACUAUAAAUGGUUAUCUCCCCGCCCCCCCCAGUAGAAACGCUUCCACAAUUGUUUUAUUGUUUACGUAUGUAUACAGAAAAGAAGUGAAUGAAGAAAGAUGUGGCCUAGGUAGAGAUGCUGGAGGAUUUAAUUUACUCUACCUUUUAGAACAAACUUGGCUGAUUCACUAUACUUCAAGAAAUGCUCUAAGAAGCAACUGGAUGUCAUUCAUUACAUGUUGCCUCUUCCAGGGUAAUUGUACAGAAAAAAGGAGGCUGUCAACAUUGGCACCACCGUUACACUUACACACACACACCACUACAAUUAUUUAGGAAUAAUUAUACACAUAUUAAUAUAUGGCUGCUUCCUGGAGCAUUUUCACAAAUAUUUUCAACCUGUGUAGAAGGAGCUGUAUUUUCUAGCUGUUCUAAUUAGAAUAAAACUGAACAAGAAAAGAACUAAGAGGCAUCCUUCAGUUCACCAUAUUACAAACCUAACAUUUGUUUAUUUACUAAAAUGUUGUUUUUAGUUGUGAAAAAAAUUAAGGUUGUUUUAAAUUCACACAGAAAUGGGGCUUAAUGGUGAACAUGUGCGGAACAGAAACGGUUGUGAUAAAGUACAUUACUUCCAUCUCUAGAUAUAAGGUGCCUUUGAUCAUGAUGAAGGGAGCCCAGCAGUUAAAUAUGAUUGAAGGUCAAAGUGAGCUGAAUUAAAUGUAGGUGACAUAUGUGGCUAGGUAGUAGAUCAUCAUGUUCUACAGCAGCUAAACCUCAUUGAGGUAUAUUUUCCUGUAAGAGCUUGGAAGGUUUCAUACAGAUACCUCAAAAACCCUUAAGCAGUGAGAGCGAAAGGCUCAUAUGAGGUGCUGCUACGUCUGCAUUAGGGCACCUCAGGCCCCUUUUUCAGAGGCACCUGAAAACCCUGCAGUGACCUCUGAUACAGCAGAAUUAGCUGGAGUCAGAAAAAGAAACAGAGGAUAUCUAAGUGACACAGAUGGGGCUUUUUGGAUCCUAGCCAAUGUGUUCCCUCAUUGGCUUGGAUGCUGUCAACAGCAUACUGUAGUCCAGUACACAUAAUCUCUAAAUAGGACGAAUCCUGUUGGAUGAGACCAAAGGACUAUCUAGUCCAGCAUUCUGUUCAUACAGUGCCUAGGAGUUGGCCACAAGUGGUGGCCACAAGUGGAGUUGUGAAAUUAUGUUCUCAGAAAUGCUAGCUUAGAAUAGUUUCAACAUUAAAAUCUAUGAAGAGCAGAAUAUAUUCCAGGCCAGAAUCACAGGUCAUUUGAAGGCGCUGCUUAUUCUCUUAAGAUAGAAGCACAUCAGAAUGCUAAUAUUAUAAUAUAUUAAAAUGUUAUAUAUAACCAGGGCUUUUUUUCAAGCUGGGACUCACUCGAAUUCAGUUCUGGCACCUCUUAGGUGGGCACCAUUGCCAUUCUAAGAGAACAAGGGAGGCAUUCAUGGUGAGUUCUGGCACCUAUUUUUCUAGAAAAAUUGCACAAUAUAAUUAUUACAAUCAUUAUUUAUAAUUAAUAUUUCAGAUUAAAAUUGUAUGCCGAAUACCAGCAUAAACUUCUGGUGAAUGUGAACAAAAGUCUAUGGGGAGUAAUGAGAACCUGUUCAGAUGAGGAGGUAUGGGCAGCUGACUCAUUCUGAAUAAUUAAAUGUUUGUUUGUUUGUUUGUUUGUUUGUUUGUUUGUUUGUUUGUUUAGAAAGCUACAGACUUCUAAUGCAUUUGCAUCUCUCAUGGCAGUCUGCAACAAUUAAAAACAACAAUCCCAUACAGUGGUACUUCGGUUCUCAAACAUAAUCUGUUUAGGAAGUCUGUUCAACUUCCAAAACAUUCGAAAACUGAGGCACAAAGGGCUGGCUUCAAGUUCAAUUGGAAAAUACGCAGCGAAAGCCGUUCAACUUCUGAGGUUAAUUUGAAAACAAAAGCAAUUACUUCCGGGUUUUUGGCGUUCGAAAACUGAAAUGUUCGGCUUCUGAGACGCUCGAAAACUGAGGUACCACUGUAAUAGAAAUAAAACAAUUUAAAGGCAGAAGCAGGCUUGGCAGAUCAAAACAAAAAAAAAUGAAAGACCAGUGAUUGCCAAAAACUAAACUUUGUCAGUUAGUGGAAAACUGUAAGAGAAGGAGCCAAUUGGAUCUCACAGGAAGGGUAUACCACAAUUUGGGCAUUGGAAGUUCCUCUUUUGUCUCAUCAACCAUACCGUGGUCACAAGUGGGACACAGUUAGUAUAGGCCUCUGCAAUACAUUGUACAAAGUGGUCAGGCCAAUGUAAGAGGAGAUGGUUUCUCAGUGAUGUUUCUAAAUCAGUAUAAUAAAACACUGAAAAAAUGGCUGUUUAGUUGGUGGAGGGAGGAAUAAUGCAAUAAAAUCUAGAUCUGUGGCAUUGAAGGGUACUUUUAAUCAAAUGGGGUGUUGUCUGCAUAAACUAGUUUUGUGGUAUAUUCUUAUACAAAUAAUGAGCACACACAGAGAGAUAUCUGUUGCAGACAUGCACCAAGGGCCAAACUACACAUUGCAAAUGAAGGGUGAAGCAACUUACUCUAGGGACACCUCCAUAAAGAACUUAAAUUUGCAGCCGGUGAGCAGACAAGCAACACAUGGGAGUGGGGAAAGAAGGUGUUUCCUGGGACAACUUGCCUUUGAGGUGCUUCCCACUGCCAACCAAGGUGCGCUUGAGAGGUUCUGUCAUUAAAAAAUAAAAUAAAACUAUAAUGUUCACUUCCAGUUCUCUUAUUCCGCUAAUGUAUUCCAUUUCACUGCAGCUGAAACGCUUUGGAGAAGGGCUACGCGAAAUGAAAUCCAGUUUCCUCAAAAAGAGUAAAGUUCUUGCUCACAAAGGAAAAGCAACUUUAUAUAGAAAGCUGGUGCAAAAUGGACAGGUAAAUUUUUGAGGUAACCAGUGAGGUAAUACUUGGCUACCUUUCCAUGUAUAGAGAUGUCUUCCUUUUUGCAUCCUGCCCUCCUUCCAAUGAGUUCUGGGCAUUCUACAAAGGACUGUCCUGAUUUUUUCCUCACAACAACUAUGAGAUAUGUUAGGCUGAGAGAUGAGGGCUCUCCCAAGGUGAGCUGCAUGCCUAAACAAGGAUUUGAACCAAAGUCCAACACUGUAACUGCUGCAUAUGAGAGAGGUUGUCUUAUUUCCUCAUGUCCUUAAACACAGUUUGGUUCCUGGAUUUAGCUUCACAUUUAUAUUAUGGAAUAAAAUGGGGAAAUAGCAUGGGUGCUAGAGGAGUUGUGUAUCUUAGUUUGGAAAGUGGGGCAGCGGGAAAAGAUAGUUUCAAUGUAACUUUUAGCUCUAUGGCUAAAACAUAUAAUCCUGUUCGGUGGAUCUGCUUGUUUGUAGUAUUCUUUAUAAUUCUUAUUUUUGUUUACUAAUGUGGUAUAGGUUUAGACUUUGAGAUAAUGGCUACAUACUGAGCGGAUUCCCUAUUUGAACAAGACCCUGCAUCAAAAUAUAGCAGUUCAUCUAGUGUACUAAACUGUCUCUAUUCUAGUCCUUCUCCCCUAGAAAUCAGUAAAAAGGCAUAGUCACUCUGGUGUUCUCUCCUGCGUAUUUUAAUCUGAUACUGUAAACUGAUUUCAUUUGGGGGCCCAAUAAAAAGUCUGGGAUACCUACUGUUUUCAUGUUGCUGAAACAGCUUCUGUGGGCCAGAGCCCAUCCUUUGGUGGAAAGACCAUUAGGAAAUAUAUGUAAUAGAUAAAUGUUUUUAAAAAACUAGUUUUAUUUAUUAGCCAGAAAUGUCCUUUAAUAAUAUUUGCUUGCUAAGAUAGAAUCUAGCCAUUAUAUUACUACUAAAAAUAAACAAUUAACCACAUUUUGACAUUUAAGCUUCAGUGGGAAAAACUACAGUCAAGACUGGCUAAAGUAGAAGAACUUAUAAAGGAAAUGGACAGCUGUCUUCUUGCUCUGGAAACAGGUAGAGUCUCAAAAAUUACUUUUCCAGUAAAGCCAAUUUAAAUUAAUACCUUUGCAGACUAAAGAAAGCAAAAAAUAAAAAACAACACCCCUGUUGACAUAAUUUGGGCAUACUUUGGUGUCAAAAAGAAAUCAACAUUCUUUUAUGCAUUAGGAUCAUAGGACUAAUAAGCUAAGAGCCAUGCAGAGAAACAGGCUACGUAGAAUAAGUCCUCUUAGACAAUGAAAAUUAUUUGGCUUCUGAAGCUUUUGUGGAUACAAUCAGCAUGUUAUUAGUCUAUAUGUAAAUGGAUGAACUGCUUUUUUAGAAAAUUGAGCCUCACAGGAAGUAAAAUGUUCUGCUGUGGUGAUUUACAAUUUCCACUGGCCCUUGUUGUAGGAUGUCUGUAGAAAGAUAGCUAUUAUAGAGUUUUCUCUUUCUCACAAUCCUGUCAAAUCAGUGAGCAUGACUUGAAACAAUAAGUCUUUGAAUGUUCUCCUCAACUGUGUACCAAAAGUGUAGCGCAAAGCCAAUCUCAAACUACAAAUAUAUUAUUUUUUAGGAAUACACCUGAAACUCAAAGUUGGGAGCAUAAUUUCAAAGGUUGUAUUUCCUGCUAAGUUGACUGGAGUAUAUGUAUAGCAUUUUUGAAGUGAAUGUUCUUAUAAAACACUGCUUAAUUUUAGAAACUUCUGCAUUGGAAGAGUCUGAGCCAGAUGUCAAUGAUGCCAUGGCAGAAUACAAGUCUAAGAUGAGAGACACUGAGAAAGGUACUGGAGCUGUUUUGAGCUGCAUGAUACAGAAGGCUGUUAGGACACUGAAAUUGCUGUGGCUGUGUUUAUUAUAUAGUCUCCAGAUCUUUUUUUACUAACCUGAGUUGUAGAAUGCAUCUUUCUGUCCUGCCAUUGCUGACGGAUAUUUUCCUGUACUUGGGGCUGUUUUGACUGAUCUACAUGGAGGUUACUACAUGUAUGAGCUCUGGAAAGCUAUGAUUGGCUGCAUCUUUUCAGUGCAUGUACUGUACAUGCUGUGAACGGAACACCUAUAGGUUCUUCAUAUACAAUAUCCUGUAUGUAGGAUUCACUCAAUCCUAUACAAAUUACAUCUGUGUAGGAAUUUCAUUGAACACCAUUUGGCCUUGGAGAAUAAACCUAAUAGCGUGUUGAGAACUAGACCUGCUUAAUCAGACAGAAUAAACAGUUAAAGCUUUUCAUCAACAUUCUGACUCUUAUUUUCUCAUUUCUUAGAGCUGGAAAAUUACAGAGCCAAAGAGGAGGCACUUCAAAGGUAGAAUUAAGCAUUAGUGUUUGACAUGUAUUUAUGUGUUUUGAAAAACUCUUGGCUUUAAUACUAUUCAGGGUAUUUGGCAAAUGCGUUGCACUUUUGUUGUACUCCUCCAGAGAGCAAUCGAAUAUCAGAGAUAAAAAGAAACAGAGAGCUUCUGAAAUAAGCCAUCUCAAGGAGUAUGCAAACAGAUGUCAGGAACUUAUGAAAAAAUACAAGUAAGUAAAUUCAGUCAAUUAAUAUCUUGCUGUGAAGGGAAUCCGAUUCAAGUAAUAUAUUGUCUAUGUUUACGUGACAUCAGUGGUAUCUUCUAAUUUUGUCCCCAUGAGCUGGCAAUCAGAGUAGGGGUGGGAAAACCAUGGUUUCCAGAUGCUGGCCAUGUUGGUUGGGGCUGAUGAGAGUUGUAGUCCCAGAAAAUCUUGAGGGCCGCAGGUUUCCUAUCCUUGCUCUAGAGUAUAACCAAAUUGUUUCAACAUUCCUCUUCACCUUCAAACAGAGGAUGGCAUGGUCCUUAUAGGAAUGAGGUUUACUGCUUGGGGGGAAAUUUACAAGUAAUUACAUUUAACAUCUAUAUUCUAAGUAAAAAGAACAAGUGGGCACACACACAAGCAGUUUUUAUCUUCUGUAAUGUUUUGUUCCGUAUGGUCCAUGUGGCUCAAAAAGAUUAAGAAAUGGGUCCCCAAAUACAUGUUUUGUUUAAAAGUGGGUCCUAGGUCUGAAAAGGUUGAAGGUACCUACUCUAGUCAACUUAGUGUGUGAGGGAGAAAUAUAUAGGUUUUUCAACUUGCAAAGGGGACAGAUGUUUUAGAUAAAGUAGUUCAUGACUACUGAACCGCAAUUUAAAAAAAAAAUUAAGGUAGUAUUCUUACCAAGUGCCCAAUGCACUAUCCUUCCCGUUGUCUUUUGGUGAAUUCAUUUUUGAUAACUUUUUCUGUUUGUAGCUUCUCUGAGUGGGCAAUAAAAGAGUGGAAUGAUCACCAGGCUGUUUUCACCUUCCUUUAUGAUUCUGUUGAGCUCACUCUCAGCCUUGGGUGCCCUGUAGGUGAGUUGCAAAAAUACUAAAAACUCUAUCUGCUAUAUGAAGCACUAUAAAAGCACCACUAUCUACUCUAGAUGUGUUUUUUGAUAUUUUACUCCUGCCAAGAGGUCCCAAAAGAACUCAGGUCUGCUCACAAACAUCAUAACAUGAUUUUUUUUAAAGCUAGAAAAGCACUAAAGCAGACUACAGGCAAAACUGAUUAAUUUGAUAAGAACUGAGCUGUAAAAAAAAUUGCAUGCAGACUGAAAAGGCAUUUGGUCUUCAAUUUUAUUGAGUGACAUAAAUUUAGCUCUUUAAAGUGGUAAACCAGUGUUUGGGCUAUCUAGAUUACAGGUAUUUAAUAUUUAUUACAAUUAUUCCUACAACUAUUCAGGAUCCAAAUUCUUCCAAGCCAGUUUACAACAUAACAAAAUUAAAAUAUUAAAAUAAAUCUGAUUCCUUCCCACAGUUGGUGGUAGAUGACCAUGUGAAGCACAGUAGGGAGUAUAGUGUAGAAGGAACAGACAGACAGUGAUCUCUUUGCUAGCUUCUGUCCCUUGUCUGAAAUCCUCCAUCCAGAGCUGCUGGUAGUGUAAUCACCUUACAAAAUUGUGUUACCAUUCACUGCUCCAAAUUUGGGUCAGUAACUUUGCCAUGUCAAUGUGCAGGAAACUUUCCUCAAUGUUUCAGGAGUUUGCAGGGGUAGAGCUGGGAUGGGAGUAGGACCUCAUACAUAUGACCAGGGAUGGCUAGGUCUCAUCCUAGCAGUUUCCACUCUUGAUGUCUGCAAAAUCAGAUCAUCAAGCAGAUCAGUGAGAAAUGGAGCGUGGAUCUUUGCACAAAAGUCUGCAGAAUUGUGUCUUUGGUACAAUAGUAUUGUAAGCAGCAGGGAGGUACUUGCAUGGUUGAAUAUUCCACUAUACAAAAAAAGUAUUCCUAUAUAUACACAUCUCCCCACACUGCAUCCUGCACAUCAUGGCAAAGGCUGGACCCUGACAUGCAGGUUUUUUGUGCAGAAUGAAUUAGUUAUUUGAAUUCUGACCUAUAUGAAGGACAGCCCAGACAUAGGUUGACCAUCUCAGUGAAAACUAGGCCUCAUUCUGAAAUAGAAUCAUAGAACUUAUAGUAUGUCUGCUUUCUCACAGAUGGUGCUGUUUUCAGCAACAGGUUCUGCGUGAAUAUUGUUGGUGUGAACCUUGAAUCACUGUUGGAUGGUAAGGCUUUGAAGCAUUUUGCUUCUGUGAUAUUUUUUUCUGGAAGGAGAUCUGCAUUUUCCAGCUUCUCUUGUGAAAAGUAUUGCUAAACUUCAUGAAAACAUGAAAAGCAGUCUUCUGUGAAGAACCUUCCUUUUUCUUAGAUAAAAUUUUCAACUAACAAUGAAAUUCCCAGUGUGAAGCAAAAAGCAAAGCAAUUAAAUCAAACUAAUUAUCAAAUGCCUUCAAGAUUUUGAAGGCAUUCAAAAUCAUCCAUGAGUUGAAUAGAAUGAAAUGACUUGAAUAUAACUUAAACCUAAAACAGAGUUUGUUGUUUCUUUGUUGUCCUAUACAGAAGCAAAGGCUUUGCCAUCUUCAAAACUAGUGCAUAGACUCAUCUUCCAGUUUAUAAAUAGUCAGAGUUCAUUGAAGGAAAAAUGUUCAACAGUGCAUCAUCUUUAUCAGGUAACUUAACAAUGAAAAGCAAAAAGGGUUUUUUAAAAAUGUUGCUAUAAUUUGUUCUAUGCUGCUUUUAUUGCUUGGAAGAGUCAACAAAGAAGAUCCAGAAGUACAGGAAAGUCUAUACAUUUUGGAGCAAUUCUAGGUGGAAGUAGCUUCCCAGCAGAACUUUUUCACCUGCUUUAGUGACACUGUAGUGACACUUAAUGGAGGCUAUGAAGAAUGAAUGGAAUUCAGCAUCACACUCUUCCAAUCAUUGCAGCUUGCCAGAUGGAACAAUCCCCCCCACCCCCUGCCCACUCCUCACCCUGUGUGCAGUUCUGGGAGUUCUCCCAACCCCUCCCCACAAGCCAAUUGGGGAGGAAGAAGGGGGAAGCCCUGUUGUGUAAGCAGAAGUCCUUGCAGAGUUUCCACUGAUAAGGCUGAUUAGGUGAAUCCCGCCCAAAGAAUUUGUGCUGUGAUUUGCAUUAUUGUUUUUCUGCAUUUGAUGGCCCUUUUCUAUGGUAGAAAAGCAAUUUAUAAAGUGAUUACAUUGAGUGUAACUUUAAAAGUAUAGGAAUGCAAAUAAAUGACAAAAUUAUAGAAUAGGUAAAAGUCAAUGGUCUAGUUCAGGGGUAGGCAACCUAAGGCCUGGGGGCCAUAUGCAGCCCAAUCACCUUCUCAAUCCGGCCUGCGUAUGGUCCAGGAAUCGGUGUGUUUUUACAUGAGUAGAAUGUGUCCUUUUAUUUAAAAUGCAUCUCUGGGUUAUUUGUGGGGCAUAGGAAUUUGUUCAUCCCCCCCCCCCCCCAAAAAAAAUAGUCUGGCCCACCACAUGGUCUGAGGGACGGUGGACUGGCCCACGGCUGGAAAAGGUUGCUGACCCCUGGUCUAGUUAAUGUUGCUUUGUGUCCGGAGAAGGUUUGCACACAUCCUCCUACUUGCUGUGAAGAAAAUGUAGAAGAGGAGUGGCAUACCUUUCUUCCCAUCCUAUCUCAGGAAAUCUGGGACCUAAGUUGUCAUCAUUACUUGCUCUAAUUCUCGAAUCAGGUGCUGCGUGACAUUUCUCUUGUGGUGAGUCGUUGUGAACUUCUAGGAGAAGAGAUCGAGUAUCUAAACAGAUGGGGUGGAAAAUUCAAUCUGCUGAAGACAGAUGUGAACGAUACAAAGUAAAUGCUUAACAAAGUCUAUUCUAGUCCUCUAAAUGUAUUUGUUUGGUGUGCAAGUUAGGAUUGGGGUAAAAGUUAAGAUUGGUAGAGGGUGUGUUACAAUCCUUCCAAAAUCUUUCUGGCCAGAAUUUAAUAUUUAUAGCACAAAAUUCUGGUGUGUUUCACCUCAGCAGGAUUUUAAAAAGACGUUUCCCCCUAUAUAGUACUCUAGAUAGCAAGCAAGGAAUGAAGUAUCUUAAAAUAUACAGUACAGUGGUACCUCUGGUUGUGAACGGGAUCUGUUUCGGAGGCCUGUUCGCAACAUGAGCAGAACGCAACCGGCAGCGGCACAUCUGCGCACGCGCAGGUUACAAUUCGCUGCGUAUGUGUGAGCGGCAAAACCCGGAAGUAACCCUUUCCAGUACUUCCGGGUCACCGUGAGACGCAACCUGAAAAAACGUAUCAUGAAGCAAACGUAAGGUAUGACUAUUAAAAAUGCAUUGCAUGAACAGCAGUUCAGCUAAAACAUGAUAAAUAAAAGAGCAGAACCAAAUUAAAGCAUUGUACUUUCAGAGCGAAAGAUGAAACAAAACCAAGUUAAAGCAACUUCUAAACAAAAAAGAGCCUUGUCAAAACAAGACAGACUGUCUGGCACCUAAAAGAUAACAAGAAAGAGCACUGAGUGGAUCUCCCUGACAGGGGCUCCUGCAGGCUGGCUGUAAUCAUAAAAGGAUCCUCUUUGUAGUAGCUAGCCACCUAAUAUCAGAGGGCAAGGGUACCCAGAAAAUGGCCUUUAAUGAAGGUAGAUUCACUGAGGGAGCAAACAGUCAUCCAGGUGGCUUGGACUAGGUGUUUUAGGCCUUUAUAAGUUAAAACCCAGCUGCUUCAGUUGUCCUUGGCACCAAGCAGGGGCUCUAUGAUGGUCUUUAAGAGCUGAUGUAAUGUUUGCAAUGGAAGGUCCCUGUUAACAAUCUAGCCGCUGUAUUCUGGACCACUUUUCAAAGUCAGCCUGAAUUGUUACUAAUCAAGACUGGAUUUUUAUUGAAGCAUAGGUAGAUAGUAAGGUCAUUUUAUUCCUGGAGGAGGCACAGUCAUAAUAUGGAAUUGGAAAAAGGAAGUCAAAGGCAAAACUAUCACAUUGUGAUCCCAACAGCAAAGCUGGACUCAAAUACUGUAUAUCCCUGAGUUGCCAACCUGAUCAUUAAGGGGGGUGCAAUUCAUCCAGUACAAGCUGAAUGCCUCCACCAUGGUCCAUUCCAUCUACCCACAGUACCUCAAACCUGUCUGCUUUCAGUGUCAGUUUAUUAGCUCACUGUGCCUUUUAGAUAACUGUUUAAAUAUCAGUGCAUCACCUAGAUUUGAUGAAAGGGAAAAAUAGAUCAUGAAUAUCAUGCAAACUGAUUACCUCUCCCAACUGUUCCAUGUAGAAUACUUAAGUGUGCAUGCACACGAAAGCUUAUACCCAGAACAAACUUAGUUGGUCUCUAAGGUUCUACUGGACAAUUUAUUUAUUUAUUUUAACAUUCAACAGUUACUGAGGCAUAACACAAAUAAUUCUUUGGACAGUGGAACCUCGUGUUACGGACGGAAUCCGUUCUGGAGGCCCGUCCGUAACACGGAACUGACGCAAGCCGAAGUGCCACGUCGGCGCACGUGCACAGUGCGAUUUAGUGCUUCUGCGCAUGCGCGAGUGGCGAAACCUGGAAGUAACCUGUUCCGGUACUUCUGGGUUGCUGCAGGACGCAACACAAAAACACGUAACCUGAAGCGGACGCAACAUGAGGUAUGACUGUAUCUAUAUUUUGUUUUCUACAUAGAGUGAAGCUCUUAUUCUCCAGUUCUGUAUCAUUUGCAAAGUUUGAAGUUGAACUGUCUUUAUCUGCCAGCUAUCCUGCGUCCCCAAUAGCUUUCACCAUUCCAAAAUGCACCGGCAACCUUAAGUAAGUAAAAUAAAACAGAAAGUGUGAGAGCAAUAAUUUUUACUAUAGUUUUGUGGGAAGGUUUUCAUUUACAGUGGUGCCUCGCAAGACGAAAUUAAUUCGUUCCGCGAGUUUUGUCGUCUUGCGAUUUUUUUCGUCUUGUGAAGCACGGUGUCGGGAAAGUUUUGGAAAAGCUUCAAAAAUCACCAAAGUCUUUAAAAACCUCAAAAAGGCUAUCACACCGCGUUCUAUGAGUUGCUCCUCGGAGUCAAGUCGCAACUGUAUUUACGGUGUUUAGAAUCAGGAAACACACUUGCAAGACGUUUCCUUCUUGCGAAGCAAGCCCAUAGGGAAAAUCGUCUUGCGAAGCAGCUCAAAAAACAAAAAACCCUUUCGUCUAGCGAGUUUUUCGUCUUGCGAGGCAUUUGUCUUGCGGGGCACCACUGUAUUUGAUCCUCAUAUGUGUGCAUUUUCUCUUCACAGCCAAGAGGAAAUUUCUGUUGUUUUAUCCAGUGUUCCAGUGGGAGCCAACUACUUGAAGAGAAUGGUCAAUCAGAUUCAUCGUAAUCUGCUCCAGGGUCCUUCAAUCCAAAGAUAGCAGAGCAGCGGAGGGGGGGGGGUGGAAUGAGCAAUCAUUCAGUAGUCGAAUCUUUGCUUAUUUUCUUAGUAAGGAUCACCACUUAGUCCUUUCUGCCUACUGAAAAGUAUAUAGCUAAGGGAUAUUGCAUAGUUCUGUUGUUUUCUAGCACUUCUUAAGGCUACUCUUAAUUUCUGAUAAAUUAAUUUUACUGCAAAACUGAUGUUGCAAUUCUGCUGCAGUCGUUAGUGCAAUUUCAUAGGUCAAGUAACUGCAGUGAUGUGUAUCUUCCAAAGCCUACAUGUGUAUUAAUGGCUAGCAGUAGCUUUUGACCCCUACAAAAAUAAAGAAGUUCUAUUUUUAGAAAGUUGCCCCAAGAUUGAUUAAUUACAACUAUAAAAAUUAAAACAUUGCACAUAGAAAAGUAGGUGUGCCAUCCAAUGUUUUGGACUUGUAAUGAAGUGAGUACUGGUGCAUUCAUGCUUCUGUUGACUGAAUUAUUUGGCUUUAGAGAUGUCUGCCAUCAUCACUAAUCACUAGUCCAGUCUGACUGUUAAGACUUUUAAAUUAUUCAGAUAGAUGUGGUUGCAUCUCAUAUCUACAAAGCUUAUAUUAUUAUAAUAAGGCAUCCAUAUUUUCUCCACUGUGAUCUCUAGUUGCUGGACGAUGUAUAUAUAUGUGUAAAGUAUAGCAUUUUUAAUGCUUUUUGAAUUGUUUAGUUUUUUUUAAUUUUGUUACUUUUUGUUAAUGAGGGAAGUAUAAUAAACCCACCUACACU